AUGAGGAAUAGUAGUAUUAGCGGUGAUGUUCAACAACAACAGCAGAAAAAUUUGCAAGGGAGAGUUAAUGGUAGCAAUAAUCAUAACGGGUUUUUCCCGAGCUCGUUUCGGGCGAUUUCGAGUUAUUUGAGGAUUGUUUCGUCCGGUGCAUCUACGGUUGCUAGGUCUGCUGCAUCGGUUGCACAGUCUAUUGUGGAUAAAGAUGAUGAUGCCAAUCAUGAUCAGGUCCGCUGGGCUGGGUUUGACAAGUUGGAGGGUGAUGAUGAUGUCAUUCGGCAAGUCCUCUUGCUGGGAUAUCGUUCUGGUUUCCAGGUUUGGGACGUGGAAGAAGCGAAUAACGUCCACGACCUUGUUUCCAGGCAUGAUGGCCCUGUGUCAUUCUUACAAAUGCUACCAAAACCAUUAACAUCCAAGAGAUCUGAAGACAAGUUUGCAUACAGCAGACCUCUUUUAGUAGUUUGUGCUGAUGGGGCACAAGAUGUGCCUGCUACUUUAUUCAGUGGGAAUGUCUCUAACAACCAUGAUCCUGCUAAUGGUAGCACUGUGCCAACUGUUGUCCGGUUUUAUUCUCUUAGAUCUCAAUCUUACGUACAUAUGCUAAAGUUCAGAUCAGCUGUUUAUUCUGUAAGGUGCAGUUCUCGAAUUGUGGCUAUUUCUCAAUCAGCUCAGAUACACUGUUUUAAUGCAACAACAUUAGAGAGGGAAUAUACUAUCCUUACAAACCCUAUGGUCAUGGGUUCUCCUGGUUCUGGGGGUAUAGGCUAUGGGCCUCUUGCAGUUGGUCCCAGGUGGCUGGCUUAUAGCGGAAGUCCAGUUGUGGUUUCUAAUUCCGGACGUGUGAGCCCGCAACAUCUAACUCCUUCUGCAAGUUUUUCUGGUUUGACUUCAAAUGGGAGUUUGGUUGCUCAUUAUGCAAAAGAAUCAAGCAAGCAACUUGCUGCUGGAAUUGUGACCUUAGGAGACAUGGGAUAUAAGAAGUUGUCCAGGUAUUGUUCGGAGCUCAUACCUGAUUCCCAUGGUUCCCUCCAAUCAGGGAGUCCUGGCUGGAAAAGCAAUGGCAAUGUUAAUGGCCAUUUUCCAGAUGCAGAUAACAUUGGAAUGGUUGUUGUCAGGGAUAUUGUUAGUAAACUUGUUAUUUCCCAGUUUAGAGCACACAAGAGUCCUAUCUCAGCAUUGUGCUUUGAUUCUAGUGGGACCCUUUUAGUGACUGCCUCAGUCCAGGGUCAUAACAUUAAUGUUUUCAAAAUAAUGCCCGGACUGCAAGGAAGCUCUUCUGCUGGUGAUGCUGGUGCAUCUUAUGCACACCUGUACAGGCUGCAACGUGGAUUUACAAAUGCAGUUAUACAGGACAUCAGUUUCAGUGAUGACAGCCACUGGAUUAUGAUAAGUUCAUCAAGGGGUACAAGCCAUUUAUUUGCUAUUAAUCCAUCGGGAGGAUCAGUGAAUUUUCCAUCUUCUGAAUGUAGUUAUGUGGUAAAAAAUAGUGGAUCAGGAGGAAUGUCUAAGCCAACUGUUCGUUGCCCUCCCAGUUUAGGUUUACAAAUGCAUAAUCACCAGAGCCUUUGUGCAUCUGGCCCCACAGUUACACUCUCUGCUGUCAGCAGAAUAAGAAAUGGAAAUAAUGGUUGGAGAGGCACUGUAACUGGUGCAGCAGUGGCUGCUACUGGCAGACUAGGUUCCCUUUCUUGUGCUAUUGCUUCAUCUUUUUACAAAUGCAAAGGCAAUAAUGAUGUGUAUGUGGAUGGAACCUCUUCCAAGUCAAAGUACUAUCUUCUAGUUUUCUCUCCUUCUGGUUCUAUGAUACAAUAUGCAUUGAGGAUAUCAGCUGGCGUAGAUUCAAUUACAGUCAGGUCUGGUGUUAAUGCAACUUAUGAAUCAGCUGCAGAAAAUGAUGGAAGAUUAGUAGUUGAAGCAAUGCAGAAGUGGAAUAUAUGUCAGAAACAAAAUCGAAGAGACCGAGAAGAUAAUGUUGAUAUAUAUGGUGAGAAUGGGAAUCCUGAUAGCAACAAGAUACAUCCUGAAGGCAUAAGGAAAGGAAAUAUUAUAUAUCCUGAAGAUAAAGGUGCAGUCACAAACGCAAAAAUCAGCCAUGAGGAAAAGCGUCAUUUGUACAUUUCAGAAGCUGAAUUGCACAUGCAUCCACCUCGUUUCCCAUUAUGGGCAAAACCUGAGAUAUACUUCCAAUCGGUGAUGACAGAGGGGAUUGAAGUGGAUGAUGCAAGUGCAAUGCAAGGGGAAAUUGAGAUUGAAAGAAUUCCAACUCGCAUGAUUGAAGCAAGGUCAAAGGACUUGGUCCCACUUUUUGACUAUCUUCAAACACCAAAAUUUCCUCAUACAAGGGUUCCUUUGGAUAUCAAUAAUAAUGGGAGUCUGCAGCAUCAAAGUUCUGGGCUGUCUGAAAAUGGCAGGCUUUCUUGCAGAAGCAGCUCUGGCUCCCUUGACUCCAUGGCUGAGAAUGGUGCUGUAGUGGCUGAACUUCACAAUGGUGUUGAAGAAACUGGGUGGAAUGGCCCUACUAUUCCAGUAGAAACUAGGGGCCUUGUAAAUAGCAAUGGCAGCCUUAAAACAAAUAAUCGGCUUGAGGUUGUAAAUAGUAGAGAGAGCUCAAGAAUGGAGGCUCAACUCAAGUUUGUAAAUAAUAACAAUGAAGGACUGAAAAUGGAGAAUCAUUUUGAAGAUGAAGGUGAUGAAUUUGAUUAG